GCAAAUCUCACAGGCCCUCAUCUGCAUGCAGACCUGAAACCAAACACACUCAACAGUUCAACUUCCCUUUGUAACAUCACAAUACAACCAAGGCUGAAAAGUGAAACAACUUAAGUUUAUUCUUGCACAACACAGAAAAAUGAUGCAACGGUGAGCACACAUGCCUCAAAUUAAACAGAAGAGCAAAAGAAAUAAAAUCCAAGCCAUGUCUUCAAUUAAUUCUCCAGGAAUGUAUCACUUUACAUAUCAAUAAGCAAUGUUUUGUUGCAAACAUGCACAUUACUGCCUGACACGGACAAUAAUAAAUGAACCCAGUAAUCCAGUCAAACAGAUAUUUCAUAUAUUUUAGAAGUCAUCAAACCACAUAAAGUUGAUGUCAGCCUAUACAGUGGUGCAACUGAGGUGCUAUAAUCAUAUUUACAUGCAUUAAACAACAGUAAUAUCUGACUUUGACAUGAAACUUUAAAAGCUUCAAGUGUGUUUUUCUUCAAACAUUAAUAUAUACAAAGCAUUACUCUAUUUGCAGCUGAUGCGUUCAAUUUCAUGCAACAAGUUUUUCUUCUCAAAAGUCAACAUACAGAAAAAGCAUCUAAUUUGCUCAAAUAUUGACCUCCUUCCAACAACCCACAAACAUCCUCGACUUAACAUAUUAACAGCAAAUGUAUAAAAUGUGAAAAUAUAAAUAUUCAACCUAUUAAGAGGCAGAUUAACUGGAAAAACCAAACCGCUUAAGAACCAAAUCCACAUGAAACACGCUCAUCUGUCUGCCUAUAAAUAAGGGAAUAAUAAAUCUAUUAGAGCUUUCCAUUUUCAACAAACCCCCGAUGGUGAUUCGCAGCAUUCUCCAUCUAUGAAGCCAGCGUACCUGCAGGAAAUGUGGCUAAAACUGAUCUGUGGAUAGGAAGAGGAGAAGCAAAAGCCUGUCACUUCAACCUGUCCGCAUGAGCCUAAUUAAGAUGUCUGUCUGUCUGUCUGUCUGUCUGUACAUGUACGGUCUGUGUGUUAAACGCGACAAAAAGCAGCGAGACGAUCCACCGCUUAAGUCAUGGAAUAUAAAUUAGUUCUGAGAAUUUCGGGGGGCGUGGCUAAGGAGCCGGUGACGUUGCACAGCCCGACGUCCUGUGACUUCGGACCGAACCAAUAGCGGGGGUAUCCGGAUCUUUACGAAACAUUUUCCUGCUAUUUUUUACCGAAUUAAACUCCUUUUUGCGCUUAUUUGAGCGAUAAAGCGUCGUUAUUCUUGCCGUGUAAAUCACUAUGAGAGAUACACGUUGGAAAAGCGGCUGUAAAAAUAAGUUGUUUUAACCCCGUGUGAAAAAAACCUCUCUCCCCUGCUGUGUGGAAGUGGUACGGUCUCAGGCUCAAAUUCCGAGAAUUGUGCUCGUCUGAUUCUUAGAACUGGGGUUCUUAGAAGUGGUGAUGCAAGAAGUUUCUAGGAAAGCGCUACCAGAACUUGACAAAAUGGCCUGCGCAGCAGACAGCUGCAUACAGUUCACACGGCAUGCAAGUGAUGUUCUGCUCAACCUGAAUCGGCUGCGCAGCAGAGAUAUUCUCACAGAUGUCACUAUCUUGGUUAAUAGACAGCAGUUUCGUGCUCACAAGACUGUUCUCAUGGCUUGCAGUGGGCUGUUUUACACCAUCUUUACUGACUCCCACAAGUGCAACCUUAAUGCCAUCAGUUUGGACCCAAAGGUGGACCCAGAGGGCUUUGCUAUUCUACUGGAGUUUAUGUACACGUCUCGUCUCACGCUAAAGGAGAGUCUCAUCAUGGCGAUCAUGAACACAGCCAUCUACCUGCAGAUGGACCAUGUUGUGGACACAUGCCACAGAUUCAUCAAAUCCAGCGAUCCAUCUGUCAAGCUGCCCAGAGAUGAGUUUUUGGUGAGUCCCUUGGUGUUACCUCAGGAUGUCCAUGCUUACCGGCCACAUGAUGUUGUUGACAGUUUGCACAGCCGUGUAGCUCCGUUCAGGGAUGGGAGGCCCUAUGGCUCACACAUGUUCAACGGGGUCAGCACCCCCAGCAACUACCAUCUCUAUGGGCAGUUUCCAAUGCCGGGAUUCACUUUCCCUCUCUGCAAGCUGCCCGAUGCCAAAAACGCUUUUGCUGACCUCUCAAAGAGUGGAAUCCACCACAAGCAUUGUUCUCCACAUGACAGCACGAACAGCAUCAGGGCAGAAUACACCAGAGCAGUUGGGGCUAGCUCCUCCAGUAUUAUUCACUCCACCACCUAUGCAUCCAGGGAGAUAGGGAGAGACGAUGACAUGAGGAAGGAAAGCCACGAGGGGGUCAGCCAGUCUAUUGGUCUUGGAAGGAAGCGUGCGUUUCCCGUGCUGACUCUUGAGCAUCAGAAAGAUUUGGGCAAAGAGCACACUCCUCAGGCAGAGGAAGACCUGAUCCAUCAGCACUACCCCCUGGGAAUCUCCUCUGCAGGGCGCAAAAGCCUCAUGAGCAGCCCACAAAGCCCACUCAAGUCAGACUGCCAGCCCAACUCCCCAACAGAGUCCAGCAGUAGCAAGAACGCCGGUCUCUCCCAAGUGGCUGGAGUACAAGCCCAGCAAGGUACACCCUCGGACCCCAAAGCUCGCAACUGGAAGAAGUACAAGUUCAUCGUGCUAAAUCAGAGCGCAAAGGAAGAUGAGGUGGGGCUGCGGGAUCCUGGGCUACGUUCACCUCAGCGCCUUGGCCUGCAACCCUACCUCCACCCCAGUGACUCGGAGAACAUGGACCCGCAAACCACAAGCAAGAGCAGUGAACACAGCGAGGACCUACCUGUGCCCCAAGCCAGUCGUCUCAAUAACAUCAUUAACAGUGCACUUGAGGGAUCACUGAGGAACGGCGAGGGUCACCCUCCACACUACCUGAGCCGCCUGAACUGCUCCUCCUGUGGAUCCCAGUCCCCAGGGCACUCUGAGGUCUGCCCCAACAACUCGGGGUCCCGUCUGGCAGAAGAAAUGGCAGAGCUGCACUCAGAAUACUCAGACUCCAGCUGUGAAAACGGCACAUUCUUCUGCAAUGAAUGUGACUCCAAGUUCACUGAAGAUGAAGCGCUGAAACAACACAUGCUUCAAGUGCACAGCGACAAGCCAUACAAGUGUGACCGCUGCCAGGCUGCGUUCCGCUACAAGGGCAACCUCGCCAGCCACAAGACCGUCCACACAGGAGAGAAGCCGUAUCGCUGUAAUAUCUGUGGUGCUCAGUUUAACAGACCAGCUAACCUCAAGACUCACACUCGCAUCCACUCAGGAGAGAAGCCAUACAAAUGUGAGACAUGCGGAGCUCGUUUUGUACAGGUUGCUCAUCUGCGUGCCCACGUGUUGAUCCACACGGGUGAGAAGCCAUAUCCAUGUGAGAUCUGUGGAACACGCUUCCGUCACCUGCAGACUUUAAAGAGUCACCUGCGUAUACACACAGGAGAGAAGCCCUACCAUUGUGAGAAAUGCAACUUGCACUUCCGUCACAAGAGUCAGCUACGGUUGCAUCUUCGACAAAAGCACGGGGCCAUCACCAACACAAAAAUUCAAUACCGCAUGUCGACAGCAGACGUGCCCACUGACUUGACGAAGGCUUGCUGA